UCAUUCGUGUUUUUACCUUACAGUUUGAUUGUUGUCUUAAGGACAAGAAAAAAUUAAAAUAUCAUAAACUAAUGUGAAGUGAAAAAUCAAUUGUGAAAAAAUUAAAAAAAAAAUUGAAAGUUAUUGACUUUAACGUCUUUUAUUUUGGACUAAAAGAAUUGAAAGAAAAUUAACGAGGUGAAGCUUCAUCUAUCUUGAGUGAGAAGAGUGAUUGUUUAAACAAGAAACGAAGAAUAAAUAAAAUUCUAUCAGAUAACGUGUGACAAUUAAAAGAAAAGUAAAUCAAUAAAUUGAAUGUGCAAUUGAAGUGAAAAAAAUAAUUAAAGUGGAAAAAUGUCACAAGAAAAAAAUAAUGAUGAUGACAUUGUUGUAUCAGGAAUCUCUGGAAGAUUCCCAAAUUCUGAUAACAUCCAUGAAUUUGAAUACAAUCUUUAUAAUAAAGUUGACAUGGCUGAUGAAGAAGAAAGUCGUUGGAAACAUUUCCAUCCUGAAGUUCCCAAACGAACGGGAAAAAUUCGCAAUUUGGAAAAAUUUGAUGCUUCAUUUUUCUCAAUUUUAAACAAGCAUGCCAAUCAAAUGGAUCCUCAAUGUCGUAUAUUGUUGGAACAUUCUUACGAAGCUAUUCUUGAUGCAGGAAUUAGCCCUCAAUCUCUCGUGGGAAGUCGAACAGGAGUUUUCAUUGGAUGUUGUUUCUCCGACUCCAAAGAUACAUUUUUGUAUCGACUUCCAGCUAAGGAAGGAUGGGGAAUUUUCGGAAACGCGAAUUUUUAUUUGUCAAAUCGAAUCUCUUACGCAUUAGGCUUGUGUGGUCCAUCAUUUACUGUUGAUACAGCUUGUUCAAGUUCUGCUUACGCAUUGGAUUGUGCUUAUAAAUAUAUGAUGAGCGGUGCUUGUGAUGCUGCAAUCGUUGGAGGUUCUCAACUUGUUCUUAAUUUAGCUUCAACGAUGGAAUACUCAAGACUUGGCAUAUUGGCUCAAGAUGGAUAUUGUCGACCUUUCGACAAGGAAGCGUCAGGUUUCACUCGUGCUGAUACAAUUUGUGUCGUAUUUUUGCAACGUCAGAAAAAUUCAAAGCGUGUUUAUGCCAGACUUAUGUACACCAAUUCCAAUAAUGAUGGAUUCAAAAAAGAAGGAAGUUCGUUUCCAUCGAAGAUAAUGCAAAAACAGUUGAUUGAAGAAUUCUUUAGAGAAUCGAAAAUCGAUCCAAGUGUUGUGAACUUUGUUGAAGCACACAGCACAGGAACCCGACUUGGAGAUCCAGAAGAAGUUUCUGCCAUCGAUGAAGUUUUUUGUAAAAAUACAAAAAGAUCUAAACCACUACCGAUUGGAUCAGUGAAGUCAAACAUGGGACAUGCAGAAGCUUCAUCAGGCGUUGCUUCAAUCGCUAAGAUUUUGUUGACAUUAGAGAAUCAAAAGAUUCCCCCCAACAUUAACAUCACUGGAUUGAGAGAUGAUGUACCAGCAUUUGCUGAGAAAAGAAUUCGUGUAAUUACAGAAACUGAAGACUUGGAUGGUCCAUUUAUAUCAAUGAAUUCAUUCGGUCUUGGAGGUGCAAAUGCUCAUGCACUUUUCAAAGGAAAUUUGAAAAAGAAAAUCAAUAAAGGCUUGCCCAGUGAUGAUUUAGAGCGUAUGGUGCUUUGGUCGGGAAGAACAGAAAACAGCAUUAAAGCUGUGUAUGAUGAAAUCACAAAGCGUCCACUUGACGUUGAAUUCCUUGCGUUAUUGCAAAAUUCACAAAUUCAAACAAACACAGGCAAUGUUUACCGAGGUUACGGAAUCUUCGCACAAGAUGCAAUGAGUGGCAAUUCUGUUUGUAAACAACAAAACAUUCAACUUUUUACAACUGCGAAACGUCCAAUUGUUUGGGUCUUUACUGGAAUUGGAAGUCAAUGGCCAUCAAUGGGAACUGAUCUGCUUAGAAUUCCACUGUUUGCAAAGACUAUUAAGAAAUGUCAUGACGUUCUUGUGCCUAAAGGAAUGAAUCUCAUGGAAAUCAUUACAUCAUUAGAUCCAAAAACAUUUGAUUCAGUUCUUCAUUCUUAUGUUGGAAUCGCUGCGAUUGAAAUUGCAUUGACUGAUGUAUUGAAAUCUCUAAAUCUUGAACCAGAUUACAUCAUUGGACAUUCGGUUGGUGAACUUGGAGCUGCUUAUGCUGAUAACUGUUUCACAGUUGAAGAAGCAAUGUUAGCUUCAUAUUCACGAGGAAAAGCAAGUGCAGAAGCAAAAUGUAUUCGUGGUGCUAUGGCUGCAAUAGGAAUGAAUCACAAAGACGUCGUGAAGAUUGUUCCAAAUGACAUUGACAUUGCAUGUCAUAAUUCCAUCGACUCAACAACAAUCUCAGGACCCGUUGACAGUGUCAAAGCUUUCGUUCAAGAAUUAAAAUCGCAAAAUGUUUUCGCCAGAGAAGUUGCGUGCUCAGGAAUUCCAUUGCAUAGUCGAUACAUCACAGAAAUGGGAAAACAUUUGUUAUCGAAGCUCAAUGAUGUCAUCAAAACACCCAAGAAGAGAUCAGCUAAAUGGUUGAGCUCAAGUUAUCCUGAAAAUCAAUGGAAUACUCAAGAAAGUCAAUAUUCUUCUGGUCAAUAUCAUACGAAGAACUUAUUAAGUCCAGUUUUGUUCGAAGAAGUUCUUAACAUGUUACCGGAAAAUGCAAUGACAGUUGAAAUAGCACCUCAUGGGUUGUUGAAAUCAAUAUUGAAGAGAUCACUUAAGGAUGGCCUUCACAUAAGUUUAACUCAACGAGACAAUCCGAAUGGAUGUCUGUUUAUGAUGGAAGCACUUGGACAACUCUUUCAAAAUGGUGUUGAUAUCGAUAUUAAGAAUUUAUAUACGCCGGUUGCCUUUCCUGUUUCUCGUGGAACUCCAAUGAUUUCACCUUUAAUUAAAUGGGAUCAUCAAGAGAAUUACGUUGUACCAAAUUUCGAUUCAUUCAACUUCUUUGAAAGACGAAACAUCGCCAUUAAUUUGAGUGACAAAAUAUUUGAAUUCAUUCAGGGACAUAUCAUCGAUGGAAAAGUCUUGUUUCCUGGAACUGGAUGGUUGUUCUGGGUUUGGGAGUCAUUCAGCAUGAUGAUGGGCGUUCCACAAAUGAAUUUGAAAGUUAUGUACGAAGAUGUAAAGUUUUUAAGGGCAACUUCAUUACAGAAGAAUCAAGAUAUUUAUGUUACAAUUAACAUUCAUCGAGCAUCCGGACGGUUUGAGAUUAUUGAAGGCAAAUCUGCAAUCGCACAAGGCUGUAUAAAGGUGGCGGAAAAUGUUGAGAUUUCCGAAAUAAACGUUCCGCAUGUUAAAGAUUCAAUUACAUUGAACGAAGCUGAUUUCUACAAAGAAAUGCGAUUGCGUGGAUAUUACCAUCGUGGAUUAUUUAGAGCUGUUAAAGAGAUUAGAGAUGAUGGGUUAACAGGGAGAAUUAAGUGGAACGAAGAUUGGACAACAUUCACUGAUUGUCUUAUACAAUUCCAAGUGCUGAUGAAAGAUACUCGAAUGCUGAUACUUCCAACGAGAAUCAGAAAAAUGAUCAUCGAUCCGAAACUUCAUUUCCAAAAGUUAUCACAAAUAAAUGCAGAAGAGAAACUUCUUGAAGUCUCAGCGUGUCCUUAUUUAAAUAUCAUUAAAGCUGGUGGUGUUGAAAUUCAUGGAUUCGAAGGAAGUUUAGUAAAUCGUCGUCGUCCACCUUCCGAACCUGUCUUAGAAACUCAUAAAUUCGUUCCAUUUAACUCUAAAGAAAGCUUCUCAAAAGUUGACAUUGCAAAAGUUUGUGUUCAACUUGCAUUGGAGAAUGAACCGGGGAAAAAGUUUGUUUCCGUUGAAAUUGAUGGUAAAGAUGGUAAAAUGCCUUUGAGUGAAUCAGUUUUCCUUGGAUUAGCAGAUCUGCCCGUGAUAACACCGGAAAUUCAUUAUUUAACUUUAUCAGAUGUUGAACUUGAAGGCGUUUCUGUUAGCAACACCGAAUUUUCAUCAAUGAGUGACAUGAACUUGAUUAUUAAAGCAAAUUGUAUUAACGACAAAGAGUUUAUGAAAACAGCAAAGACGCAACUAAAUGGAAAAGGUUUCAUACUUUCAAGAGAACCAUUGAAGUCAACGAUGCAUGAAUUACCACAAGAUAUUCAAUUAAUCUCAUCAUUUGUUACGGAAAAUGAAAAAUUAUUAAUGUUACAAUUUAAGAAAGAAAAUCAAAUUAAACCAGAGACAAUCUUGAGAAUAUCUUCAGAUAUCGACACGUGGAUUGAACCAUUGAAACAAGCUUUGAAGAAAGGAUCGACGUUAAUUUAUUCUCAAAAUGAUUCACUUUCUGGUAUUUUGGGUUUAGUGAAUUGCAUUCGUAAAGAACCGAAUGGUGAUCGAUUGAAAUGCAUUUUCAUUGACGAUAAAUCAGCUCCCAAGUUCGACACAGAAAAUCCUUUCUAUAAAACUCAACUCGAACAUGGUUUAGCUGUAAAUAUUUACAAAAAUGGUGGCUGGGGAAGUUAUAGACAUUUAAAAUUAAAAGAGAUUAAAGUUUCAAAGCCUCGAACCAGUCAUUACUAUGCGAAUUGUUUAGUGAAAGGAGAUUUGUCAACUCUUAUUUGGUUAAGUGGACCGAUGACUGAAAAGAAAUUUAAAAGCAAUAACGUAAAAAUUCAAUAUGCUUCCUUGAACUUCCGUGAUAUUAUGUUAGCCACGGGAAAAAUAAAUUCUGACGAUGUUUUAAACAGAAUCGAACAGCAAUCGAUCAUGGGCUUUGAAUUUUCCGGGGUCACUAGCGAUGGUCGUCGAAUUAUGGGAAUGGGACCAACAGGCGCAUUGGCAACUCAUUACAAUUUGAAUAGAACACUCACUUGGGAUGUUCCAAAAGACUGGACCUUGGAAGAAGCGGCAUCAGUUCCACUUGUCUAUUACACAGUCUACACUGCAUUCUUCUUAACUGCAAAAGUUGAAAAGGGAAAAUCAAUUUUGAUUCAUGCAGGCUGUGGAGGCGUUGGACUUGCUGCUAUUCAAGUCGCUUUAGCUUACGGUCUCAAAGUCUUUACAACAGUGGGAACCACAGAAAAAAGGAAUUUCUUAUUGGACAGAUUCCCAAGUUUAAAACCAGAACAAAUUGGAAAUUCUCGCGAUGUUUCUUUUGAGAAAAUGGUUAAAUUUGGAACAAAAGGCAAAGGAGUUGAUUUUGUGUUAAACUCACUUUCAGAAGAAAAACUCCAAGCGUCAAUUCGAUGUUUGGGAAUGAAUGGAGUGUUCUUAGAGAUUGGAAAAUAUGAUAUCAUGAAUAAGACAAUGUUUGACAUGGGUCAUUUCUCAAAACGAAUUGUAUUUAAAGCAGUUUUCUUUGACGAUAUUCCACUUGAAUCGGAAGAACUUAGGGUCGUUCGAAAACUUGUUGAAAAUGACAUCAUGAAAGGAAUUGUUAAACCACUCAAAACAAACGUCUUCGAAGCAAAUGACAUUGAACAAGCUUUUCGCUUUAUGGCGAGUGGACGACACAUUGGAAAAGUUCUUCUUAAGAUGCGAGAAAAUGCAAAUGACAUCGCAUCGUUGCCUUUCGAAGCACUCCCAAGAGUUUAUUGUGAUUCGUCGGAAUGUUAUGUUCUAGUUGGUGGACUUGGCGGGUUUGGCAUGGAACUUGCUGAUUGGUUAGUUCUACGUGGUUGCAGGAAACUUGUGAUGAGUUCAAGUCGUGGUAUUUCCAAUGCUUAUCAAGCUUCGAGAAUAAAAGUUUGGCAGUCUUAUGGUGUUGAUGUUGUUAUUAACACUUCAAACAUUGCCAAGAAAUCUGGUUGUGAAGAUCUUAUUCGUGCUGCGAUGAAACUUGGCCCUGUGGGUGGAAUUUUCAAUCUUGCUGUUGCAUUACGUGAUGGAAUCUUUGAAAAUCAAGACACAAAAAUGUUCCAGGAAUCUCUUGCACCGAAAGCAGAUGCAACGAAAUUUUUGGAUGAAAUUUCUCGAAAAAUUUGUCCUGAAUUAAAAUAUUUUGUAAUAUUUUCAAGUGUUUCAUGUGGUCGUGGCAAUGCUGGUCAAAGUAAUUAUGGCAUGGGUAAUUCAAUUAUGGAAAGAAUCAUGGAAGAACGAUCCAAAGCUGGCUUACCAGCUAAAGCUAUUCAAUGGGGUGCAAUUGGUGAUGUUGGCUUGUUGGCUGAUUUACAAGAAGUCAACAUGGAUAUGGAAAUUAGUGGAACUUUACCUCAGCGUAUUACAAAUUGUCUGGAAGUUCUUGACUCUCUUUUGAAUGUUGACGAACCUGUUGUUGCCAGUAUGGUUGUCGCAGAGAAGCGUUUUGAAGACUUGAAGAAAGGAAAUAUCGUUGAUGCAAUUCUCAACAUCAUGUCAAUUCGAGAUAGAAAAUCAAUUUCGAUGGAUGCUACCUUGUCUCGUCUUGGCAUGGACUCUUUAAUGGGUGUUGAGAUUCAACAAAUUCUUGAACGUGAUUAUGAUGUUGUCAUUUCAUCACAAGAAAUGAGAGCGUUAACGUUAAGUCAGUUGGAGAAACUUGUGAACAAUAAAGGCGAAGGUGUGGCAACGUCGAAUGGCCAUGGAUUGGAACAAAUCGAAUUCCUACUUGUGUCAUUUGGAGAUGAAUCAACAAGCGAUCAAACGAUAAUGAAAUUAGAAAGUGCAUCUAAUGAUUUUACCACAAAAGCUUUAUUAAUUCCUGGAUUUGAAGGAAUGGCUGGAAACACGUGGCAUAACUUUGCGAAGAAGCUUAAUCAUCCUUCUUACAUUUUACAAUGGGGAAAUGUAUCACAAGCAAAAUCUUUAGAUGACAUCUUAGGGAGUGUUGCUAAGGAUAUUCUUAAAUUAUACUCAGCGAAUGACAAAUUUCUUCUCAUCGGUUAUUCAUUUGGAGCUCUUUUAACUUUGAAGAUAGCAAACUUUUUAGAAUCGAAAGGAAGAAAAGGUUCAGUGUACAUUAUUGAUGGAUCUCCCAAAUUCAUCCAGAAAAUCGCAAAUCAAUUAUUGCCAGAUAAAAGUGAUGAAAGCAUCCAAUCCCUCAUUUUAUUAGUAUGCAUUCGAUUGCUGCUCCCAGACGAAUUUCAUAAAGUUUCUGAAAAAGUUUUAAUAAAUGAAACCUGGGAGAAGAGAUUGGAAACAUUUGUUGAGUUUGCUGUUAAAAGGAGUAAGUACAGUGCAGAAUAUGGUAGUAGAAUGUUAACAGCAUUGAUCGAUCGACUUAAAAUUGCUCUCGAUGCUGAUAAACUCAAUUUUGGAAAGUUUAAGAGUCAGCUGACGUUAAUUAAAGCUUCUUCGUUAUCUGUAGACGUUAUGGAUGAAGAUUAUGGUUUAAGUCAAUACAGUGAACAAAAAAUGAACAUAAAUAGUAUCGAAGGUGAUCACAUAACAAUCUUAAGUCAUCCCGAUAUUUACAAAUUGUUCAAUUAGUUUGAAAAACCUUGAGGAACCUUUUUUAUGUAAUGUUAAUGAUUUUUUGUAGCUUCUCAAACUUUAAAAUACAAACAUGAAGUAAUUGAUAUUCAUUCUUUCAGACGAAUUGUUUCGGACUAAUUAUAGUUCAUCUUUAUUACUUUAAGUUCAAUUAAUUUGUAAAGGUCAGAAAAUAAGAAAUAACAAAAUAAACUGAAUAAAAGGGUUUUAAUUGAAAAU